CCUUGACAGCUAGAUAACCAUGGCUUCUUUUCCGAUGCGUUAGAUGAUAAUGCUAGCUGUUGAAUUUUGUUAUCCAACUCUUACUUUCACUUUUCUUCCUUGCUAAUCCUUUUCUACACCCAAUCAGACCAUUCUCUGUUUCGAUAACCGAUAGAGGGUUUCCUUUACAGCCAUGGAUAAUCGGCGUGUCUCUGCUGGUUCUGGCUUGCAGGAGCAUCACUUUGUCAAGGCGGAUGAAGUGGAUCAAACUGGGGCCGAUAUCAGUCCAGUCUCGGAUGAGCAAUUGAUGGAAGAGGUUGCCGAGGGGCUCAGAGGGGAGCAGGCCCCAGCAUCUGCAAAUUCCGCGUCCGACGUAUUAGCAAAGCAGAACAAAAUUGAACCAGGACGUCCUGCAUUGCAUCGAGAUGGCGUGGCUCCCCCGCCGCCAUUGCAGCCGCCGCCGCCUGCUCCGGCUCAGCAGGCUCCGGACCGGGCAACGGAUUCACUAAGUCUGGCGCAGCUGAGACAACUCGUCGGGGGUUUGCCCAAGGCGGCUGAACAACCUGCAUAUGCAUUUGAGUAUGCAGACACUCAACCAUUCGUGGAUGAGCUCGAAGAGUGGUUUCAGUACAGCGAAUUUGACCGAGCCAUGCUUAUGGGCAUGCGGAUCUCAUUUGAUAAUCGGUGGAAUGAGUUUCGUGCCCAUCAACCUUCAGAUUCUCAAGAUGUGUCCUGGAUCACGGCUAGCUACGAUUUACGCAAAUAUUUCAUGACCCAAGCGCUUGAUGGCUUAGGGGACCAUGAUCUCUAUGCUCGUGUGGAAGCCUUGGAAGCUAUUUGCUACUUGAUCACAGGAGUGUGGGGGUUGACUGCUGGAAAAGUCAUGGCUGAUUAUCCGGAAGACUCAACUUCCCAGGUGGCUAUGGAGACGCCCAGGUUCAAGUCACUGCAGAUAAAAUGGAUGGAGAAUGAUAUAUCUCUUCUUCAGGAGUGUUCGGGGAUUGCUGCGCUGCAUAAGCAAUUUUGUCGGGUUUUUGAUAAAGUCCGAACUGACUCAGAUGUCAUUGAGCCCGAAAAUACUAGUUCUGUACGCGCUGCUGCUUCAGAGCGUGAAGCAAAUCUGAUCCUCACAGCCUUAUACUUUGUCGUCGAAGUUGGUCGGCGGCAGGAAGCAUUUGAUAAUAAGCAUACACCAAUACGGGAUGAAGUGUCUGAACUGGAUCCGAAUCUGAUGGUAUUUCUUGUUGAGAUAAUUGCUCGACUACGUUGGGAUGAAUCUGCGAAUAUUCCUCUUACGAGGGUUGUGCUUCUCCUCUGGAAGCUACUACUUCUCUGUUUUGGUGGCAGUCAACCCCUGGCAAGAGCGAAAGACGAACUGGAACCCCAUUCGAAAGAGAAAAUGAAUGACCCCUCUCAGCGGACGCCCUUUCUCACUGCUUCUCCUCUCGACUAUCAAGCCUUUCGGCAGGAAAUCACAUCGAAAUACCCGGCGUAUAAGCCUCCGCCCCCGGUAGUCCCUCUCGAAUUAGAGAGCAAUUCCAUCCUUCCUCCACUUCCCCAAAAUUUCGGCAGAGCCAACUCGUCCAGUGGCUUUUUCCCUGGAAUCGGUCCGUCUGCUCCCGGUGACAACGGUUCGAUCCUGCAUCAUUCGGUUCAUAUUGCAACUCCAGCCCCGUCGCCUCCACCGUCACCUAUCGGCCCCGGAGGGAAAGCGGGAAAGAAACAAAACUAUCAGACUAACCAAAAUUUUCCUUUCAUGUAUCCUCCUCUUGACGAAAAUAGCAAUGACAUCGGCGGGAAAGGCACAACAGAGCAUCAAGACACCUUGGUUGGCAAGAAAUGGGAAGGAAGUGAUGUACCAGCUUCUAUAAUCGAGGCUGGGAAACUAUUUUCUUCCCAUGUCAAGAUGACGAGAGCCAUUCGACAGCUUUGGGAAGAGCGAGAGCGCUUCAUGAAAUAUGACCGCGGAUGGAAUUUUGAAGACUGUAUUAUUGCUUCAAGCAAUGCCCUUGGUAGCAUAACUGAGGCCGUUCAGGGGCUGGAAUUGUCAGAGAAGAGACACUCUGGCUCCAAGGAGCCUUCUGGAAAAGAAACAAACGAAGAUGUUCAACGGCGUCUAGAUAGGGUUGAGAAUUUCUAUGCGCAAGCAUUGCCACACCUUCAGUCUAUCACCAUCGUCUUUCUAAAGAUAAUUCUGACGAAUAUCAGUGCUGUUGUAAAUCAAGCGAAUGGCCAAAAUGGCCAUGUUGCGAGUAACCCCUAUGGAACGACGAACGGUCCUAUUCCUGGACAGAACAGCUUCUCUGUCGAUCUUGAUUGUGAUGCGGCAAUCGAGGAACUGGACAACAUUCGGUUACGAGAGGUUACAGGAAAGGCCGUGUCGGGGUCCCUAUUACUCCUGCUGAAAUGGUUCAAGCGAUCUCAUAUAUUAAAAUUUGAAUACAUGACUCAGCUGUUGCUCGACUCCAACUAUCUGCCUCUAAUCCUCAAAAUGUUUGCCCAUCAAGACAUAGACCAAGCUAUAGCACAUAAGAAUGACCGCGAAGACCUUGGCUUUUUCCACUUCUGUCAAGUGCAUUCAAACCAAGAUCAACCAACGGUGAAUCUAGGAGAUGAAUCAUGCGGUGCUGAAGAGGAAGCUGUUCCUCCACCUAUUCCCCGAAAUCGACCAGACGUUGCCGCGAGAAACUCGUCAACAGGGGCUGCAUCACCCGAAGAGUCACUUCCAGAAUUUCUUGAGCAUCAACCCCGUCCCGAAGUUGAUGAAUUGGGUUAUCCAACCGCACCUCCACCUAAGGAGCCUAUCACCACGUUUUCAUUCCGCAACUUCUUUUCCGCCAUCAAUUACUUGCACAUCAUGCAGAAGAUUACCCGCGGUAAGGCCCAUCGAUGUCUGCUGCUUGUUCAAUACAAAUCCAGUGCAAUACUGCGCAAAGGUCUCAAAAUACCGGAUCCACGUCUCCGCCUCUACACUCUCAAACUGUUCAAAUCGCAGGUACCCUACUGCGGCCGUAAAUGGCGCCAAAGCAACAUGCGGGUCAUUACUGCAAUAUAUCUCUACUGUCGCCCAUCACUGCGAGAUGAUUGGCUCUCGGGCUCCGAUGUAGACGCGGAAGUUGAGGAGGCCUUGCCAUACGAACAAGCUCUACGAGGUUUGACGCAUUGGUGGCACCUGCGCGAGUACAAGGAUGCCAUGGGGGGCGAGGAGGGCACGGCCCUCAUGGAAGAAGAGCGGGAUUUCUUCGUCCGUGAAUUGGAGGCUCUUGGAUGGGGCCUUUUCGGAGACGACGUGUUCGGGGUCGCAGAUGAAGGGGAUCUGGCCGGUCCGGGAGGCCCGUUGAUGAAUGGGACUCAAUGGGACGGUGGCCCCUUGGGAUUAUGAUGUUGAACCAAUUGUCUGCAGUGGAACAUAAUGACCGUAGCAAUAAGUCGUGUCAAUAAUACCCCCUUGCAAUAUCUGAGAAAUGAAUGUUCAAUGGCGGGUAGAUUCUCUAGACUGGAUAUUAAUUAAUAGCGUGCUGGCGGUUAUCGAUAAAGAGUCAAAUCACGUGAUCGUUACUACCGGCAAUUUUUUCUUUCUCGCAGCUUGGUCGUCCCGUCAGGAAGUAGACUUCUCAAGGGAGACAGUCC